AGGAACGUUGCCCGAGCCUCGUGGUGUAAACAAAUCCAUCAUGGGAGACACUGCUGCUGCCCUAGUCCACGAGAUUAUCACCAAGGCCAGUGAGGAGCAGAAGGUUGUUGAAGUACAUAAGGACAUACAGCUAGAGUAUGACUUGGGGAACUUGCUGGUGACAGAUAAGAACACGCUCGAUGAAAAGUUAAUCAGAGAUGCAGAUGAAGGUGAUGCUUACCUGCGCAGUUUAGCUCGUGAUGGCAUACAAGCUCUCCUGACAAAAGUUUGGGAUUUGCCAUCGGAGCAGAUUGAUAAUGCAAUAUAUGUAACAUUACCGAAGCCAAUCACCAGAUUACCAAGAGAAAAACCUGUACCUAAAGGCACUACACUAACAAAAUGGGAGCAAUAUGCCCGUGAAAAGGGCUUUAAGAGGAAGAAAAAAGACAAGAAAGUUUGGGAUGAUGUUGUCAAGCGCUGGGUUCCUCGGUUUGGAUAUCGUAAAGUACAAGCAGAAAAAGAGAAGAACUGGGUUAAAGAAGUACCAGAUCAUGGAGAUCCAUAUGAGGAUCAGUUUGCUAAAGUAGCAGAGAUAAAAAAGGAAAACAUAGCCAAAAACGAGUUCCAACGCUUGCGAAAUAUAGCCAAGCACAGAAAAGUGAAGGUUCCCAAUGUUGGUGUCACUGGGAAUGAAUAUGCAUCAACGAAAGAUUUGGGAUUAGCUAUGCAUUAUGCACGAACUGCAACAGCUUCAUUAGGCAAGUUUCAGCCAGCCCUUCCAGAUGAGAAGAAAAUGAAAGGCCUGGGUAAAAAACGUAAGCAGCAAGAAACCACAGGUGAUGGACAGGCAGAGAAGAAACGGUACAUGGAAGUUCUUGAAAAGAUGGAUAAGCCAAAUCUUAAUCUGGAUGGAGCAAUCCACAAGCAGAUCAGAGAUGAGAAUGUACUAAUGGAUCUUGAUCGCAAGGGCGGGAAGAAACACUCGAGAAGAUCCAAAAUGGGAGGCCGACACCGCACCACCUCUGAUCAUAGAGCUGUCAAACUGGGCAAAGGUGUUCAUAAAGCUCAAGGCAAAUCAAAGGGUAAAGGAAAUAUUGGCAUGAAAUCUAAGUUUGGGGGUAAAAUGCUAGGUAAAGGGAAAAGUGGGGGCAAAGGGCAGGUUAUGGGUAAAGGGAAAGUUGGGGGCAAAGGAAAGUUUAUGGGUAAAGGGAAAGGUGGGGGUAAAGGGAAAGGUGGAGGUAAAGGGAAGCAUUAGAAGUAUUACUUUAAGGAGGUAAUAGUUCUCAUGAUAAGUUUCUGAAUGUGAUUAUCUGGAAAGCCUAAUAUAUCUAGAAAAUUAUAAAAAAAUGACUGUUAAUUAUGUGAUCUAAUAAAUGUUGAUGGCUAUUCAUUUAGUUUUCUCUUAGACCUGUAAAUCACUGCUGAAAUGAAUAGUGCAGGAAUAAAAUUCUCACUAAAUAAAUAAACCUCCAAAAGAUUUAUUAAUAUAUUGAAGAUAUUAGUGAAAAUAUAUGGAAGGAAGAGAUACUAGAAGAGACUUGAGAACUUAUGUUAAUGCAGUCCAGUUGACAAUUGUCUGUGAAGGGUACAACAAUUUCUGUACAUUUCUACAGUUUAGUUGCAUAUCCAGAUUCCAGUCAUAUUGUCCAACAAUCUCAAUUUAAAUUGGCUGCCCUUGUCCACUCUGUCACUAUUUGAUGUCCGGAUCUUGUUCCCAGUAAUUUUUCACUUGAAAGCUGUGAGGUUACAUUUCCUAAGGAAUCACAGUACAGUGCAGUACCUAGAAUUAGGUUAGGUUAGUAAUGGUCUUACUGUAAGGAAGGGACCUUGCAGGAAAGCUACCUUUCAAAUUUUCUGCCAGUGCACCCAACAGCACAUGUGCAGAGUUAGUCUAUAAUCACAGUGAGAGAACGAUAUUCUCCAAAAAGAUGUAAACAAGUACCAUAUACUGUAUUGUUAACAACUAUUCCAAACUAUUGAUACUAUUCAAACUAUGUCCAAUUAUGUCAUACGUUUCCAGUUACAGAAGUACAUUCUGUGACUGGAAAAGCAUGUUGAAAAAUGUGUUACAUGUGGAAAACCAGUUUUAAACUAGAUAAAUUAAAAAUAAAUAGAUGGGGACCAGAAAAAUGCUGGAACCCCAGGAUGGAGGGAGAGUGUGAACAGUGGAUGUUGACUUCUCUCAGCAGCGGUGCUGUGCAGAUCUCCCUAAUUAUUGAUUCAAGUCGGAGGGGCACCCUACAUGAUAUAGUAACUAGAAUAGACAUUAAUUUGUGGUGCUAUUUCUAUGAUAGAAGUAGGAUAUAUUGUAUUUAUAUACAAUGUUGUAUAGUGUGUAUAUACCAGUCAACCCAGUGGUUGACUGGUAUAGUUUGUGUGAUUUUCUGUAAUGUUGUGUAGCCGUGUAAUCUGGUAGGUUGGCCUGGGCCACGUGUUGUGUUGGAGGUUAGCAACAGUGCCCAAGUCCCAGUGAAUAAGAAAGAUAACUGUAAUAAAAUCCAAGAAGUACACUUUUCCAGUGUACCAAGGUAGUGACCAAGUGGAGCUUAGGGGGAUACUGUAUAUAUAUAUAUUUUUUAUUGUAAGGAGAGUCCAAGUUUUAGGACUUAGUAAUAUAUCUUGUCUUUAUUCCAAUAGUGUGUACACAUUACAGCCAUGCUCCUGAUAUAUCUUGUACCUUUAAGUUUGACUAUAGCAAUAAACUCCUGUAUGAA